CCUGAGGAGCUGCUAGCCGCUAGCCUGCUAACAAGCCCAGCACUGGCUAGCUACUCUGCUAGUGUGGACACACAAGACCCGCUAGCUAGCUAAAGUGCGCCGCAUAGUUGUUUUUCCGAAUGGAUUAAAUGGAAGCGCCACAACACCAAAAGCCUAAACAUCACCUUAACGAGUGCCUGUAAAAUAGAUUGGACAACAAUGACUAAACCUUGCAAUUAUGAAGACUUGCUAAAUCCCCCCUCGCCAAGACCACCAGCAACAACAUCGCUGUUAUUGACUACUGCUGCAAUCCUGAUAAGAUUCCGGGGCCACAAUUGAAAAGGACUUUUGGUCCUUUUGUUCACUUUAAAUGUUGAGAAGAUAAUAUUUAUCAUUUGUGGCGUACAUAUCUGUGGGACUACCGCACCACAAUCGAAUCCUUUAUGACCAAACCAUAAGCUAAUUGUCGGUGGAAUUGUUUACGCGUUAAAAUGGCUGCUGAAAUGUAGGUUUGGUUGAGAAUCAUCUUCAAUAAGAUGUAGUAAAUGUUGCCACAAUGUUUCUUUCUUGACGUAUAAGUGGAAAUUUGGGACAAUGCGUCGCCUUCAACAUUUUUGCAGUAUUACUCGCUGAACUGAUUUUUCCACCCGUAACUGCAGGAGGCAGAGUGAAGGGAAUUUAUUUUAAGAUUACUGUUCAAUUCGUGAGCUGUCAGCUUUUACGUCUAUAUAUUUUUUCAAAUGAUUUAACAUUUUUACUGUCGAAUAGCUUUUCUGUGUGCUCUAGAUGCAGUAGUUUAUAUCCAAUUGAUUAUGCAAAGCAUUCAAAAAACAUUCACCACCACUACCCUGAAUCAGUCCACUGGUUAAACAACCUGGGGUACCACGAAACCAAGACUUUACCAAAUAGAGGCCUUGGUCUUUUGACUUUUUCUAAAGGUAAAAUGGAUGCUGAGAAAACCUGUUGGACUGCUUCGUUCCCUGUCAGAGCCAGGCAGGACCGAGACAGCGGACUGCAGGGGAGCAGGCAGGGCCUAGACAGCGGACUGCGGGGUAUCAACAGAUACUUGCUGCUGUAUGUUUUGUUCUACUUUGUGCUCUUCACACAUGCCUCCCCGGCGAAGUCUUGUGAUAAAAACUGCCUGUCUGGGAAGUGUGUCAAUGGGACAUGUGUCUGCGACCGAGGAUGGGUCGGGGACCAAUGCCAGCACUGCCAAGGAAGGUUCAAGUUGACAGAACCUUCCGGAUACCUCACUGAUGGGCCAAUCAACUACAAGUACAAGACCAAGUGCACCUGGCUCAUUGAGGGCUACCCCAACGCUGUCCUCAGACUGAGGUUCAACCACUUUGCCACAGAGUGCAGCUGGGACCACCUGUACGUGUACGACGGGGACUCUGUGUAUGCCCCUCUGGUCGCUGUGUUCAGUGGUCUGAUAGUGCCUGAGGUCCAGAUCAAUGAGACUGUACCAGAGGUGGAGACCAGCUCUGGAUACGCGCUGCUGCACUUCUUCAGCGACGCUGCCUACAACCUCACAGGAUUCGAGAUCUUCUAUUCGAUCAAUUCCUGCCCCAACAACUGCUCUGGCCAUGGGAAGUGCACCACAGGGAACUCCAUCGCCAGCCGUGUGUACUGUGAGUGUGAGAAGUACUGGAAGGGAGAGGCGUGUGACAUCCCCUACUGCCGUGACAACUGUGGCAGCCCAGACCACGGCUACUGCGACCUCACCGGGGAAAAGCUCUGCGUCUGCAACGACAGCUGGCAGGGUCCAGAUUGUUCCCUGACGGUGCCGUCUACAGAGUCGUACUGGGUGCUGCCUGGGGUGAAGCCGUCAGGGGCGUGGCCAGCGCGGGCGUCCCACAGGGCUGUGCUGCAGGGUCAGCUGGUGUGGGUGGUGGGAGGAUACUCCUUCAACUACAGCUCCUUCCAGAUGAUCCUCAAUUACAACCUGGAGAGCGGUGUGUGGAACACGGUGCCUAGCAACAGCGGGCCCCUCCCCAGAUACGGCCACUCCCUCGCCAUCUACCAGAAUGACCUCUACAUGUUCGGGGGGAAGCUGGAGGCGGGGCCUGCCAAUGUGACGGAGGAGUUGUGGGUGUUCCACACCUCCAGUCGUACCUGGUCCCAGGUGCGCCCCGCCCCUGGCCACGCCCAGGUGCACGCUGUAGAGGGACACUCCGCCCACGUCUCCCUCCUGGAGGGCGGCGAGGCCGUCAUGGUAGUGCUGUUCGGCUACUCACCCGUCUACAGCUACAUCAGCAGCGUGCAGGAGUACAACAUCCGGACCAACACGUGGUCUCUCCCGGAGACGCGUGGGGCGGUGCCCCAGGGAGGGUACGGACACAGCAGUGUGUACCACGCCGCUAGCAGCAGUGUGUUCCUGCAUGGAGGCUACAAGGCCCUGCCUGCCAACAAGUAUGGACUGGUGGACCACCUGUACCGCUACCAAGUCCCCACACACACCUGGACCAUCCUGAAGGAGAGUGGUUCUCCCCGCUACCUGCACUCGUCUGUGCUGCUCAGUGGAACCCUGCUGAUCUUCGGAGGGAACACGCACAACGACACGUCGCUUAGCAACGGGGCGAAGUGCUUCUCCGCCGACUUCCUGGCCUAUGACAUCGCCUGUGAUCAGUGGAGCGCUCUGCCCAAGCCCGAUCUGCACCGGGACGUCAACCGCUUCGGUCACUCUGCCGUGGUCAGCAACGGGUCCAUGUAUGUGUUUGGAGGGUUCUCCGGCGUGCUGCUGAACGAUGUGCUGGUGUACCAGCCCCCACGCUGCCAGGCCUUCCUGGACCAGCAGGCCUGCCUGGGGGCAGGGCCCGGCCUGCGCUGCAUCUGGGCCCUGCCCCACUGCUCCGCCUGGGACCCCAGCCUCAACACCACCACCCCUGCUCCCUUCUGCCCCCCCAGGCCAGUCACAGUGGACGAGCGCUGCUACAGGUUCUCUGACUGCAGCAGCUGCACUUCCAACACUAACGGCUGCCAGUGGUGCGAUGACAAGAAGUGCCUCUCUGCGUCCAGCAACUGCACCGUGAGUGUGCGAGUGUUGGAGCAGUGUGCCGUGAGGAGCGAGCAGAGCUGCAGCCGACUGGCUAACUGUCGCAGCUGCUUCCUCAACCCCAGCUGCCAGUGGGACCAUCACCAGAUGGAGUGCCAUGCCCUUCCAGCCCAGAUGUGUGGGGAGGGCUGGAGCCAGGUGGGAGAGGUGUGUCUGAGGAUCAACUCCAGCAGGGAGAGCUACGACAAUGCACAGCAUUACUGUAAGAACCUGGCGGGGAACAUCGCCUCGCUCAGCUCUGCCACUCAGGUCCACUUCAUCCUGGAGGAGCUGCACAAACUGCAGCAGCACCACAAGCGUCUGUCCCCCUGGGUGGGUCUGAGGAAGAUCAACGUGUCGUACUGGGGCUGGGAGGACAUGUCCCCCAUCACCAACUCCUCCCUGCAGUGGCUGCCUGGGGAGCCCAAUGACUCUGGUUUCUGUGCCUUCCUGGAAGAGACGCAGGUGUCCGGGCUCCGGGCCAACCCCUGCACCGCCCAUGCAGACGGCCUCAUCUGUGAGAAACCUGCUGUGAGCCCCAGCCAGAGUGCUCGUCCCUGUAAGAUGGCGUGCUCGCUGAGGACCACCUGUGCUAACUGCACCAGCCAGGCCAUGGAGUGCAUGUGGUGCAGCAGCACCCGGCGCUGUGUGGACUCCACCGCCUACGUCGUGUCCUUCCCCUAUGGACAGUGUCUGGAGUGGCAGACCGGAGACUGUGUGGCCCAGAACUGCUCGGGGCUGCGUACGUGUGUGGGUUGUAUGGAGCAGCCAGAGUGUGGCUGGUGUGAGGACCCCAGCAGCACGGGGAGAGGCCAGUGUGUGGAGGGCUCCUACCGAGGGCCCAUGAAGGGCCCAAGCCAGACCCAGCCCACCUCCCAGGACAGGACCCUGGAGCCAGGCUUGUGCCCCAAGGAUAAGGGCUACGAGUGGGCUUUCAUCCACUGCCCUGCGUGCCAAUGUAACGGACACAGCUCCUGUGUGAACGGCAGCGUGUGUGAGCAGUGCCGUAACCUCACCACCGGGCAACACUGCCAGACCUGCAUGCCCGGUUACCAUGGAGAUCCCACCAACGGGGGGAAGUGUCAAGCCUGUAAGUGUAAUGGCCAUGCCGGCGUGUGCCAGGUUCAGACUGGGAAGUGCUUCUGCACCACCAAGGGCAUCAAAGGAGACCACUGCCAGCUUUGUGACUCAGAGAACCGUUACCUUGGCAACCCCCUGAGAGGAACCUGUUACUACAACCUGCUAAUAGACUACCAGUUCACCUUCAGCUUGCUGCAGGAGGAUGACCACCACUACACAGCCAUCAACUUCAUGGCCACGCCUGAACAGACCAACAAGAACCUGGACAUGUCCAUCAAUGCAUCCAACAACUUCAACCUCAACAUCACCUGGUCUGUGGGAUCCACAGCUGGGACAGUGUCUGGAGAGGAGGUACCCAUCGUCUCCAAAACCAACAUCAAGGAGUACCGAGACAGCUUCUCCUGUGAGAAGUUCACCUUCAGGAGCAACCCCAACAUCACCUUCUACGUGUAUGUCAGCAACUUCUCCUGGCCCAUUAAAAUACAGAUUGCCUUCUCCCAACACAACAGCAUCAUGGACCUGGUCCAGUUCUUCGUGACGUUCUUCAGCUGCUUCCUGUCGCUGCUGCUGGUGGCGGCCGUGGUGUGGAAGAUCAAGCAGACCUGCUGGGCAUCCAGACGCAGAGAGCAGCUGAUGAGGGAGAGGCAGCAGAUGGCCAGCAGGCCGUUUGCCUCCGUUGCCGUGGCGCUGGACAUCGGAGGCGAGCAAACUGAGCUCCUAUCUGGAGGGGUUGAGGGCCCUCCCAAGCCCGUUGCCAUGGAGCCGUGUUCAGGAGGGCGUGCGGCGGUGCUGACGGUGCUGAUGUGUCUCCCCUCCGGACCCUCGCCCCUCCCCCCCCCCGGCCAGUCUGGAAUUGCCAUUGCCAGCGCCCUGAUUGACACGUCUCAGCAGAAACCGAUGGACUACAAAGAGAAGAGCCAGGCUUUGAAGAACCGCAAGACCCUCCCCCCUACCCACCAGGGCACCUGUGUCUGAACAGCUCUCAGCUAACCCUGACCCUCAGGACUUCUGGGUUCAUUAGAUAUAUGGGGGUCUCCAGUCUCCAGCCUGUGUGGCCGGGGGACGGGGACCAUCCCAGGUACAGAACUCUGCUAGGUUGCUCUCACCUCUCCUCUCCCCUGCUCUCACCUCUCAUCUCCCCUGCUCUCACCUCUCCUCUCCCCUGCUCUCACCUCUCCUCUCCCCUGCUCUCACCUCUCCUCUCCCCUGCUCUCACCUCUCCUCUCCCCUGCUCUCACCUCUCCUCUCCCCUGCUCUCACCUCUCCUCUCCCCUGCUCUCACCUCUCCUCUCCCCUGCUCUCACCUCUCCUCUCCCCUGCUCUCACCUCUCCUCUCCCCUGCUCUCACCUCUCCUCUCCCCUGCUCUCACCUCUCCUCUCCCCUGCUCUCACCUCUCCUCUCCCCUGCUCUCACCUCUCAUCUCCCCUGCUCUCACCUCUCAUCUCCCCUGCUCUCACCUCUCAUCUC